AUGUGGUCGGCUAUCACAGUAAUCGCAUCGAUCAUCUUCGCCAUCUAUGCGGCAGAUCGAAAACAAUCUAAUGUGGUGAUAUUAUCGUCACUAUUCGCGUGCUUGAUAGCAGCACAGGCAGGAAUAAUUUUGUAUUCGGAAAAUAAUAAACCAUUGUUAAGAGAAGCAGUGACUAAAGGAUUCGGUUGGGUUGUUUUUGGAUUUCUAAUAUCAGCGUUAAUCUCUACAAUGGGUGAGCUGCGUACGGCUGGGCUUAUCACAUAUAUACUUAUUGGUGUUGGAUGGAUGAGCGUCACCAUCGGACUGUUAUUUUCUUCGGUAUUCCGAGAUGUACGUCUUCGUGUUGGUGAUGGAUGGGAAGAACUACACGAAGAAAUCGGGGGGUGA